AUGGCGGGUGUUCUAUAUAUCGACACUUCAUUCGCCAAGAUCACGGUGAAGCCUGUCCACCCAACUUUUGGGGCUGAGAUCGAGGUUCCUGACUGGAAGAACGUCGACGAUGACACUGUCCGGGAGAUCAGCCGCGCUGCUAACAAGUAUGCCUUUUGUAUCUUCCGCAAUACUGGUCUAGACGACACAGAUCAUGUCAAGUUCUCUCAGAGGCUAGGCGAACUCGACAACGUCAAGCGUUUCAUUACCGGCGACCGUACGCUACGAUACCAGUACUACGAGCUUUUCGAUGCUGGAAACAUCGCCGAUGACGGCUCUCUCCUUGACCCUAACAGUGCUCGUGGUCACACGAACCGAGGCAACCAACUCUUCCAUACCGACUCCAGCUACAACUUCCGUCGCGCUGGCUUCUCUCUCCUUCGCGCCGUCGAGCUCCCUCCGAAGGGCACCGGCGGUCACACCGAGUUUGCCGACACCCGCACCGCCUUUGUCGAGCUUCCCGACGCCGUGAAGAAGGAGCUUGUCAAGAACAACUACGUCGGCUGCCACACCCUCGCUCACUCUCGCAAGAUGGGCUCCCCCGAGUACUUUGAGAACCUGGACCCCAGCCAGUUCCCCAUGGCGCGCCACUACCUUGCACAGAUCCACGAGGGAAGCGGCCGCGUGAACCUCUACGUCGGCGCCCACCUCCAUCAUAUCGAGGGUCUCUCCGACGACGAGUCCACGAAGCUGCGCGACUUCCUCAACAAGCAUGUGGAGCAGCCCAAGUACGUCUACACCUUCAACUGGGAGCAGCCCGGCGACAUGGUCAUGUGGGAUAACCGCGCCACCCUCCACCGCGCCGCGGGCGGCUCCUUCGCCGGCAAGUACCGCCGUGACCUGCGCCGGACGACGGUUCACGAUGACAGCGCCAACGCGUGGGGUCUCAACGACGCUGAAGGGGCCAGUGCGCUCGGCUAUCAGCUCGACGACAAGACACAGGAGCUACCCGAGCUUACUCCCGCAAAUGCCGCACCUGCAACUAACACGCCUGCGCCUGCUGCUAUUGCUGCGCCUGCUGCGCCUGCUGCUAUUGUUGCGCCUGCUGCUAUUGCUGCGACCUCGUAG